ACAUAUAUUUGUUUGACUGGGAAGCUGUGCGCAAAGUGGAAUAUAUAUAACAUAUUAAUAAUAAUAAUAAAUAAAAGCACCUGUCGAGGAAGCAAAGGCGCAGGUGCUCGAAGCCCGGAUGUGUCCGCGAAGCUUCGGGUUUCCGAUCGCCUUCUGCUCUCAGGACAGAUAUAGCUAUAUUUCUAAACUUCGGGUGUAUAUACUGGUUCUCUAAAGGUCAUUGACAUCGCUGAGAGAAGCAGUGCUCCUCGUUCCUCUGCGGAUCCAGUGUUGCGGCUCUGCAGCAGAGAUCCAGCGGAACAGAAGCGGACACAUCUGUAUUCGGUUCAGACUCUUCUUCACGCAUCUACAGCAGCGCGCGCAGCAUGUCGCGCUUUGUGUUCUUAUUAUUAAUAUACGCUGUGUCUGGUGCCGAGACGGAGGGAUCUGAGUCCGUGACAGUGAUGGAGGCAGAUUCUGUCACUCUACACACUAACCUUUCUGAACUACUCAACGACGACACCAUACUGUGGAUGUUCGGACCGAAAGACUCUCUCAUAUCUCAAAUAAAGAGAAAGCUUGACUUGACCUCAUUUUUAGUCACCGAUGAUGUUAGGUUCAGUGGCAGAUUGCAGGUGGAUCAGAAGACUGGAUCUCUCUCCAUCACAAACACCAGAAUCAGACACUCGGGACAAUAUAAACUCUCCAUCUCUAGAGAAAAGACCACGACAAAGACAUUUAGUGUUGCUGUCAUUAGCGUGGCUGAUGAGGCGGACGGAGUGCAGUCCGUGUCAGUUUCAGUGACGGAGGGAGAUCCUGUCACUCUAUGCAUUGAUGCUGAAAUGCACAAAGAUGCUCUGAUGCUCUGGAGGUUUGGAGAUCAAGGAAUCCUCCUCGCUAGAAUCGAUACUGAAUCUAGUGAGGUCUCAUUAAACGAUGCCGAUGAGAGAUUCAGAGGUGCACUGCAGCUGAAUCAGAACGGAUCUCUGACUAUCAAGAAGAGCAGAAGUGAACACGCUGGACUGUAUGAGCUGCAGAUCAGAGGCCGUGAGAGCGCGCAGCGAUUCCUUCUUUCUGUCAAUGCUGUCCCAGAUCCAGGUCUUUCUUCAGGUGCUGUAGCAGGAGUUGUUUUUGGUGUUUUAGUUCCAGUUUUGCUGCUUGUGGCUGCAGCUUUGGCUCUCAUUUACUAUCGCCACAGGAUCGCUAAAUUAAAAAAGCAAAUGGCUGUGGCAGGCGAAGAGAAGGAAGAGACCGUGACGGAGGGAGAUUCUCCAACUCUACACACUGGUCUUACUGAAAUAAAUGCUAAUGAUAUGAUAGAGUGGUGCUAUGAAGCUGAAGACAAUCGCAUUGCUCAAAUCAAUGGAGGGACCAGAAGCACAUUAGCGGGUGCUGAUGGGAGAUUCAGGAGCAAACUGAUGCUGGAUGACAGAACUGGAGAUCUCACUAUCAGUAAUGUCAGAACCAUUCACUCUGGACUCUAUAAGCUAAACAUCAGCAGCAGCAUACAAACCAAACACAAGAGAUUCAUUCUUACUGUCAGUGUGAAGUCGAUAUCAGUGAAGGAGGGAGCUUCUGUCCUUCUCCAGACUGCUGCUGAGAUUCAGACGGAUGAUCUCAUUCUGUGGACGCUAGGAGCUCAAAACUGUCUCGUUGUGAAAAGUGAUUCAGGAAAGACGAGUAUCGGAAAGCACUUUAGAGACCGACUGGAUCUGAACAUGACGACUGGAUCGCUGACCCUCAGAAACAUCAGAACCACAGACUCUGGACAUUUUAAACUGCAAAUCAUCAACAGCGAACAGACCACAUUCAGGAGAUUCAAUGUGACAGUCACUGAUUCCACAGCUGAAGGAGCGAGUGAAGAAACGACUGUAGUGACGCCGCUGUUGAAUGGGGAAGUCACUGAUGGAGGGAGCGAGCCGCAGGCGACGAGUCCAGUUUGAGGAGACAAGACACGCCCACUGCUGUGACAUCAUCGACAGUCACGCUCAACCGCAUUGCUGCUGCCGGUGAAGAAUGUGAAAAACAUUGGAAAGAAGUUCUAGUGUAAUUCUUGUGUGAUGAGCACAUGACAAACAGCUGGUUACACCCUGAACUGAUCCAAAUCUGUGCUGGAAGAGCUGUAGCUGCAUCUGAACCAGAUCCAGACAGACGAGAUGAUGCAAAACAGGCAAACACUGGACCUUUUGUCACUUAAAACACUACUCUGCAUUUGUCUGUGUUUAUAUUGUACAUUAUAAUGAAAGUGUUGGUUUUCUCAGUCAUAUCAAUAUGAGUUAGUGGAACUCAAUUCAACUCAAAUUGUGAAACUCAUGUAUUAAAUAAAUUCAA